UCUUAUUUUAUUUAAAAGAAUGAGCCGUAGCUAAUUAGUUCCUAUGUGUAACUCCUAGUCCAUGCUACACUCCUGCAGUCACAGUCUCAGCUUGAAGCGUGCCUCCCUCUCCGCCUCUUGCUCCUUUGUUCAAUUCUUAUUUCCAUUCUUAUGUCUUAUUAAUGCUGCACAACCCGGGAACUCUGGGAGUUGUAGUUUAUUAGCCGCUAAAGAGCCGGCGGAACGUUGCUCGAUUCCCCUUCCCCGCUCAGCAUUCGGCUUUCGACUGCUUUCCCUCGGUGACGUCAUGAGUGCAUUCCUCUUCCCCCUGUCUCAGGCGCCUUCUCCGAAAUCAAAUUUCCCCGCCUACUCUUUUGGUGACGUCACGCAAUAGGAGCAUGCCCAUUGGCUGCAGCGCGCUCUCGGGCCCCAGUGUGUAUCUGCGGAGAGCGGAAGCAGCGGUGUGUAUUGUCUGUGGGGAGGAAAAGGAAGGAGUAACCGGGGGUGAAGGAAGGUUCGGCUUUGCAGACUGCUGUUUGGGGUAGCCGUCCCCCCUGCGCGGUGCAAACCGAGUCCCCACAUGACGCCUCCCCGCCUCUGCCGCAUCCCUGAAAGCUCCUUCCAUCCCCAUUGUUCCUCCUAUGCUAAGGGCUUCGGGCAUUGGUGUUGCUAAAGGGGAGACCGGCCUGACUAAGGACACAGGGAGGGAAGAAGUUCGACACAGAAAGCCAGUGCAUGAGGAAAGGCCUGAGGCCCCGGUGCGAGCACAGGCUGCGAAGCUGAGCAGCUCCGCCAUACAAAAGGAAUUGGUCGAAUUUCUUCCUACUAGCCCUGUCUCCUGGUUCCAUUUAUCUCCUAGGUACCAUCCCCGCACUUUCCUGUGGAGAGAAACAUGUCUAAAUCUGGCGGCGGCGGCGGCGGAGGAGCUGGAGGAGGGAGCGGAGGGCUCACCUGGGUGACACUUUUUGAUAAUCAGAACGCAUCAAAAAAGGAAGAAACAGAAAGCAAUAAUAAAAAUGACUCCUCCAAGAAGAUGUCCGUAGAAAGAGUUUACCAGAAAAAGACCCAGCUUGAGCAUAUUCUUCUGCGACCUGACACAUACAUUGGAUCUGUGGAGACAGUUACUCAGUCCAUGUGGGUUUAUGAUGAAGAUGUUGGAAUGAAUUGCCGUGACAUAACCUAUGUGCCCGGUUUAUACAAGAUAUUUGAUGAAAUCCUUGUAAACGCAGCUGAUAAUAAACAGAGAGAUAAAAAUAUGAACUGCAUAAAAAUUUCUAUUGAUCCUGAUUCUAACAUCAUCAGCAUUUGGAAUAAUGGUAAAGGAAUACCUGUGGUUGAGCACAAAGUGGAGAAAAUGUAUGUCCCUGCUUUAAUUUUUGGCCAGUUAUUAACAUCAAGCAACUAUGAUGAUGAGGAAAAGAAAGUUACAGGAGGGCGAAAUGGAUAUGGUGCUAAACUUUGCAAUAUAUUCAGCACAAAAUUUACUGUGGAGACAGCUUGUAAGGAAUACAAGCAUAGCUUUAAGCAGACAUGGACAAACAACAUGUUAAAGACAACUGAACCCAAAAUUAAACAUUUUGAUGGAGAUGACUACACAUGCAUAACAUUCCAGCCAGAUUUAGCCAAGUUCCAAAUGGAAAAACUGGACAAGGAUACUGUGGCUCUUCUGACAAGACGAGCAUAUGAUAUUGCGGGUUCCUGCAAAGGAGUCAAAGUCUUGCUCAAUGGGAAGAAGCUUCCGGUAAAUGGCUUCCGCAGUUACGUAGAUCUUUACGUAAAGGACAGACUUGAUGAAACUGGUGUCGCUCUUAAAGUAAUCCAUGAAGUUGCAAAUGAAAGAUGGGAUGUAUGUUUAACAUUGAGCGAAAAGGGAUUCCAACAAAUCAGUUUUGUGAACAGUAUUGCUACCACAAAGGGUGGUAGACAUGUAGAUUAUGUAGUAGACCAAAUUGUGUCAAAACUCAUUGAAGUUGUGAAGAAGAAGAAUAAAGCUGGAGUUUCUGUAAAGCCCUUCCAGGUGAAGAAUCACGUUUGGGUUUUUGUCAACUGUUUAAUAGAAAACCCAACUUUUGAUUCUCAGACAAAAGAAAACAUGACACUACAGCCUAAAGGUUUUGGGUCCAAAUGCCAGCUGUCAGAAAAAUUUUCAAAAGCGGCAUCUAACUGUGGCAUAGUCGAGAGUAUUCUAAAUUGGGUUAAAUUCAAGGCCCAAACACAGCUAAAUAAGAAAUGCUCUUCUGUGAAACACAGUAAAAUCAAAGGCAUUCCCAAGCUGGAUGAUGCUAAUGAUGCAGGCGGAAAACAUUCCCUGGACUGCACUCUGAUAUUAACUGAGGGAGACUCUGCCAAAUCUUUAGCUGUUUCAGGCUUAGGUGUCAUUGGCCGAGAUCGGUACGGUGUAUUCCCGCUCAGGGGAAAAAUUCUCAAUGUUCGAGAAGCUUCCCACAAACAGAUUAUGGAAAAUGCUGAGAUAAACAACAUCAUUAAAAUAGUUGGCUUGCAGUACAAAAAAAGCUAUGAUGAUAAUGAAUCCCUUAAAACCUUGCGUUAUGGAAAAAUUAUGAUAAUGACAGAUCAGGAUCAAGAUGGCUCGCAUAUCAAGGGCUUAUUGAUUAAUUUUUUCCAUCACAAUUGGCCAUCUCUACUGAAACAUAGUUUCCUUGAAGAAUUUAUCACACCCAUUGUUAAGGCUACAAAGAAUAAGCAGGAGCUUUCAUUCUACAGUAUUCCUGAGUUUGAAGAAUGGAAAAAACAAACAGAAAACCAAAAAUUGUGGAAGAUUAAGUAUUACAAAGGUUUGGGCACCAGCACUUCGAAGGAAGCAAAGGAAUACUUUGCUGACAUGGACAGGCACAGAAUUAUAUUUAGAUAUGCAGGCCCUGAAGAUGAUGCAGCUAUCACUCUGGCUUUCAGCAAAAAGAAAGUAGAUGACAGGAAAGAAUGGCUCACAAACUUUAUGGAAGACAGGCGACAACGUCGACUACACGGAUUGCCCGAGCAAUUCUUGUACGGCACAGCUACAAAACACUUGACUUACAAUGACUUCAUUAACAAGGAGCUGAUUCUUUUUUCAAACUCUGAUAAUGAGCGAUCUAUUCCAUCUCUUGUUGAUGGUUUAAAGCCUGGGCAAAGAAAAGUUCUGUUUACUUGUUUUAAAAGGAAUGAUAAACGGGAAGUCAAGGUUGCUCAGCUGGCUGGUUCUGUUGCUGAAAUGUCCGCUUACCACCAUGGAGAGCAAGCCUUGAUGAUGACAAUAGUAAAUCUUGCCCAGAACUUUGUGGGAAGUAACAAUGUGAGCUUGCUGCAGCCCAUUGGUCAGUUUGGUACUCGACUCCAUGGUGGAAAGGAUGCUGCCAGCCCUCGUUAUAUAUUCACAAUGUUAAGUCCUCUAGCAAGAUUGCUCUAUCCAUCUGUGGAUGAUAACCUUUUGAAGUUCCUUUAUGAUGAUAACCAGCGAGUAGAACCAGAGUGGUACAUUCCUAUUAUACCCCUGGUUUUAGUUAAUGGAGCAGAAGGAAUCGGUACUGGAUGGGCUUGUAAACUGCCCAAUUAUGACACAAGAGAAAUUGUCAAUAAUGUGAAGAGAAUGCUGGAUGGUCUUGAUCCUUAUCCAUUGCUUCCAAGCUACAAGAAUUUUAAAGGUACGAUUCAGGAACUGGGACAGAAUCAGUAUGCAAUGAGUGGUGAAAUAUAUGUGCUGGACCGGAACACAAUUGAAAUCACAGAACUUCCUGUCAGGACAUGGACCCAGGUUUACAAAGAACAAGUGCUGGAGCCCAUGCUCAAUGGAACCGAGAAAACACCAUCGUUAAUCUCUGAUUACAAAGAGUAUCAUACAGACACAACUGUAAAAUUUGUUGUCAAAAUGACAGAAGAAAAGUUGGCACAGGCAGAAGCUGCUGGCUUGCAUAAAGUCUUUAAACUUCAAACAAGUCUUACUUGCAAUUCUAUGGUAUUAUUUGACCACAUGGGCUGUCUAAAGAAAUAUGAAACCGUGCAGGACAUUCUGAAGGAAUUUUUUGAUCUCCGGUUAAAUUACUACACCCUGCGCAAAGAAUGGCUGAUAGGAAUGUUGGGAGCUGAAGCUGCAAGACUGAACAACCAAGCCCGGUUUGUCCUGGAGAAGAUACAAGGCAAAAUCUCUAUAGAGAACAAAACCAAAAGAGAUCUAAUUCAGAUGUUGGUGCAGAAAGGAUUUGAGUCAGACCCUGUGAAAGCUUGGAAGGAGGCACAAGAAAAAGCAACAGAGGAGGAUGACCUUCAAGAUCCGAAUGAAGACAAUUCAUCCGACUCUGGCACUGGAUCAGGACCGGAUUUUAACUACAUUCUCAAUAUGUCUCUCUGGAGCCUUUCAAAGGAAAAAGUAGAUGAGCUUGUCAGACAGAGGGAUAUAAAGAGCAAAGAACUGAAUGACCUCAAGAGGAAGUCUCCGCCUGAUCUGUGGAAGGAAGACUUGGCAGCUUUUGUUGAAGAGCUAGACAGAGUGGAAGCUCAAGAAAAAGAAGAUGUCUUAGCAGGGUUUGCAGGCAAAGCAAUAAAAGGCAAAAUUGGAAAACCCAAAAUGAAGAAAUUACAGCUUGAGGAGACUUUGCCAUCUCUUUACGGCAGAAGAGUAGAGCCACAAAUCAGUGCAAUGAAAGCAGAUGCCAGCAAAAAGAUGCUAAAGAAAAAGAAGGGUGAAAUUGACUCUAUUGCACUGAAAAUGGAAUUUGAUGAGGAGUUUAGCUCGGCACCAGCAGAGGGAGGAGCUGAAGAUUCCAUGAAUACCACUCCUGUAAAACCUGUAAAGCCCAAGAGAGAAAGAAAAGAACCAGGUCCUCGAGCCAAAAAGACUGUAUUAACACCCAAGUCAUCAACCAAGAAAGGGAAGAAGCGAAACCCUUGGUCAGACAAUGAGUCAAAAUCAGACAGUGACCUGGAAGAAGCUGAGGCAGAGCCUGUGGUCAUUCCUCGGGACUCUCUCCUAAGGAGAGCAGCUGCUGAAAGACCGAAGUACACGUUUGAUUUCUCUGAAGAGGAAGAUGCAGACGAUGACGACGAAGGUGUCAUUAGCCGUAGUAAUAAUAAUAAUAAUAUUAAUGACUUAAAACCGCCAGCUUCUCCUGCUGCUAAUAGCCGAGGUGAAGAUGAUGAUGUUCUCUCUGACAGCCAAGAAAAGGAUGACUAUGAAUUCUCCCCUUUCAAGUCUACCCCAGCCGCACAAAAGCCUUCAGAAACACAAAAGAAAAAAGACUACAUAUUUUCAUCAUCUUCAUUUUCAGAAAAAGUAGAAGAUUCUGCAAUAUAUAACAGUGACGAUGAUGAACCCUCCCCACUUUACUCUUCGUACUCCUUCAAAACUUCAGAGAAAACAACAGGCAAAGGAUCUAGUAAAAAAGAAUCUGCAAAAUAUGACAGUGAUGAUGAUGAUGAUGAUGAACCCUCCCCCCUUUACUCCUCAUAUUCCUUCAAAUCUACAGAAAAGCCAGCCAGCAAAGGAUCUAGUGAGAAAGAAUCCACCAAAUAUAACAGUGACGAUGAGGAUGAUGACGAUGACGAUGUACCGUUUUCGUCGUUUACCUUUAAAUCUUCCGAAAAGCCAGCCAGUAAAGGUUCUGCUAAGAAAACAAAAUCUUUGUCAGAUGGUACUCCUAAACCAAAACGACCGCCAAAACCAAAGAAGUCUGAGACUUCAUUGAUUUCCGACUCUGACUUGUUAGAUUUUGGUGCAUCAAAGAAAUCUGCAACACCCAAAGCAAAAGGAAGGGGAAGGAAACGAAAAACAUCUGAUUCUGAAAAUGAAGGAGAUUACAAUCCAGGGCGAAAACCUACAAAACCUGCAUCUUCUAGCAAAAAAUCCAAGAAAGCAUCAUUUGAGCAGGAUUCAGAUGGUGAUCUCUUCCCUUCAGAAGUCGGCUCUGAGACCGCAUCGAGGCAAAGGCCUGGCCGGGCUAGGAAAGAAGUCAAAUAUUUUGCAGACUCUGACGAUGAAGAUGAUUUUGCUAUGUUUUAAUUAUGUGCCCGAAGAGCACAAACCAUCUCCCACCCCCCCCCAACAAGUAUCUUGUGUAGUCCUCUUUGUCCCCCCCCCCCCCCCGUUGCAGACUUUUGUACAUUGUCUUAUUUUAUGUGAUGAUGUAAUUGAUGGUUUUUAUUAUUGUGUAGACAUUUUAACAUUUUGUUGUUACACACACAGUUUUAUGCUCUUUUUUACUCAUUGAAAUGUCAUGUAUUUGUCUCAAUUUGGCUUGUAGAAAUGUUUUAGACUGCCGCGCUGAAGCGCACCUUUUACUUGUCCUGGAUGAACUGAAAAAAAAAAAAAAA